AUGAUGAGCGGAGGCAUGAUCGAGCGUGCCAGCAAGGCGACCUACGACUACCACCACCCCGGAGCUAGACCUUGCCCUGCGGGAAGGGGCGGCGACGGCGGCGUCCCCGAGGAUGGGGAUUCGGAGUUCCACGGAGGCGCUGGCGAGGUCAAGGUGAACGUGAUCGAUCCCCGUCAGGAACGCCUUCGGCUCCUGGCCGCAGACGCUCCUCAGGUCCAGCCGCACGCGGAGGACCCGCACGCUGCGGUAGAUGCGGCGGAAGCUCUCGCGCUGGUCUCGUCAUCCGAUGCCAACAUGGACAUGGAUGGAGGGGGAAAUAUCUACUUUGGGUCUGGUAGAGACGAGGGAGGGGCAGCGUUUGGGGCGGGGGGGGACGAUUCGAACCGUCCUCGGAGGAGAGGACCCGCCCCGAUGCACCACCGCGGGCCGUCUGGAGCAGCAUCCCCCCAGCGGGGUUUCCACGCCGGAGGCGGUGACUACCUGCAGUCCCCGUCCAGCGACUCGGAGUUCCUCACCAUGCUGGUGCCCUCGAGCGCCCUCGAUUGGGGUCCGAGCACCCUUGCGGUCCGAGCCUCGCUUAACGGGACGAGCGACGGCGACGGCGGGAGGGGGGCGACGGCGGGAGGAUCGUCGUCAUCCUCUUCUUCUUGGGUGGAGAUCGAUUGCCAGAUCCUCAGCGCUCGGCUCGUGCAGGACGUGUCCUUCUCGGAUUAA